UUUUGGUUACAUGCUGUAUGGGAUAUGAAUGUGUACAUUACCCCUUUUCUAUAUAAUAUGCUGUGCCCUUCAGUGUGGAGGAAGAAAACUGUCUUUGAAGUUGAUAAUUAUCUUGUUCUUUUUUAGGUUUUCAGUCAAGACUCUGAUUGAUCGUUCCUGUUUUGAGACUAUUGAUGAUUCUUCCCCUGAAUUUAAUAAUUUUGCAGCCAUUCUGGAACAGAUUCUAAGUCAUCGACUGAAAGGGCAUAUCACCUGGUUUGGUUAUGAAAGCCCUCGUAGCUUCUGGGACUAUAUUCGAGUUGCAUGCCGUAAGGUAUCACACAAUUGCAUCUGCAGCAUUGAGAAUAUGGAGAAUGUCAGUUCUUCUAGAGCCAAGGGCAGAGCCUGGAUCAGAGUAGCACUUAUGGAAAAACAUUUGUCUGAAUACAUUUCUACAGCUCUGAGAGACUUCAAAACAACCAGGAGAUUUUAUGAGGAUGGAGCGAUUGUCUUGGGUGAAGAAGCAAAUAUGCUUGCUGGCAUGUUGCUGGGACUCAAUGCUAUUGAUUUCAGUUUCUGCUUGAAGGGAGAGGGACUGGAUGGCAACUUUCCAGCUGUAAUAGAUUACACACCUUAUCUGAAAUUUACCCAAAGUUCUGACAGCAUAAGCAGUGAUGAAGAAGAGCUGCGAACACUGGGCAGCAGUGGCAGUGAAAGCAGUACUCCAGAAAAUAUUGGUCCCCCUUUCAUAAUGGAUGAAAACAGUUGGUACAACAAAUGCAAAAGGGUAGAGCAGAAAUAUCGACUGGCUUUGGAACAGAAGGGUUAUCUUGAAGAGCUGGUACGCCUUAGAGAAACACAAUUGGCUGAAUCUGUUUCACAGAAUAAACUCCUACUGCAGCGGAUUGAAGAUAUGGAUCUAGCCCAUAAAAUGGAAAAGGAGCAGCUGGAGUACAUCAUUGUGGAGCUGCAAGACCAGCUAAAAUGUCUGCUCACAUACAUAUGUGGAUGCAAACAGCACAAGUGUCUUCCAGGCAUGAGCCUUUGGAAACUUCUGUUCAUUGAGAGAAGCAUAAAAGCUAGGAAGUGGCACUUAUCUGAAUUGUUCCACAAGCAAUGCAUCACACUGCAGGUCAAUAAGCUCAAGUUGGAGGUCACAUGGAACACUGUCAACAUUAAAUGUGAAAGGACUGUGCUAAAGAAUAAUGAUUUAAGAUCAAGACAAGAGUUAACUACCCAUCUCACCAAUCAGUGGCCUUCCCCUGGAGCUUUGGAUGUCAAUGCUGUUGCCUUGGAUACCCUACUCUAUAGAAAGCACAAUAAACAAUGGGAUGAGAAAAGUUUUCAAAGUCUGGACCAGCUCUCAGCAGAUGUUAGCUUUUCUCAGACAUCUCUGGAUCCAGGUCAUUCACAAGAUGGAAAGCAGGAUGGAAUAAAUUUACUAAAUGAAGGGAAAGAGGACACCCCAUCACUGCUUGGUCUUUGUGGCUCUCUGACGUCAGUAGCAAGUUACAAAUCUCUCAGAAGUCUGAAAUCAAGUGAAUAUCUUGCGAGUCCCACAACAGAGAUGACAAGUCCAGGUCUAACUCCAUCCUGAGUAGAUAUACGUAAUGAAGGGCUUUUAUGUUGUAUGCAUUCAAUUUACAUUCCAUAAUUAGACUUGCUAUGAAGACAUUUAAAAAUUCAAGCAAGCUAAAGAAUCCGCUGCUUUAUUUUGUCCUUUUCUGUAAUUAUGUGUUUAAAAAAACCACAAAUAAUAUAUGUGUUAUCUAUCACAUCCUUUGUUGUUCUUCUUUAAUAGGAAUGUCCAGAUUUCCUUUUUGAAACCUUUUAUUAGUUGAGAUUCUCAGUCAGGCACAGAAUUUUGUGCGAUAAAGGUAUGAAUUAAUACAUUGUAAAAAAACAAAACAAAACAAAAACAACCAAAUUAAAUUAGCCUUCUAUAUAACUGCCAUGAUCUAUGUUACCCUGCUGGAGUUAACCUCCCCCUGCUCUUAACCAGAGCACUUCUCUGCAGUUAUACAUAUUGCCAACAUUUGCAGAAGAGGCAUGAAAUCCAGUCUUGACAGGUGAAUAAAUAUUUAAUUACUAAAUAUUUUAUGUUUAAAAAUGUAUUUUUUGUGUUCUAUUAUUUAUAUAAAUUUUCAAAUAAUUUAUUUUAUUCUACUGAGAUGAUUUAUUCAGCUUCUUUUGAAACAUUGACUAAAUGUUAUAUUUGUAUCCCAGUUAUCAUUAUGCCACUUGGAGAUGACCAAUGUUUAUAUAGUUUCUUAUCAUGAAGAAUAUAUCCCUACUUCUUGAUCAUGGGACAGAGUAACAGGGCUACGUCCAAGCUUAUGAAAGGAUUUGAAGGCAAGUCGAUAAAUGAUUUGCAUAGUCUGAGUUAGGGAAAACUUAGCAAUGUGAAAAGUGGGUAAGCUUGAUUUUUGGCAUUAUCUUCCCUUAAUGCAAAGAGUAGAGGAAGGUCAAAGAAUGGGACUAAGAAAUGGGGUAGUGUUAGCACUUAUAAUAGCUGGGGGGAGGGAAGGAGGGAUCUCUUUUCACAUUUACUUGUAAAGAAUUCAGGGCAUUUUUUUAAAAACUUAAAUUUAGAUUGGAAGAUUGACUAAUUGAGUGCCAUAUUCUUACAUUUAAUUUUUGUUCUCAUCCAUGAAGUAGUUUGAUAGGUAUUUUCUUGAUUAUACAGUUUAGUAACACUUAAGUGAAUCCUUUAAAACUGUGUCACUGAUUAAACUAUUGAUACGAAUUAUCUGAAAGGAUUUUAAAACAAAACUAGACUUUCCAGAUGGUCCCACCCUUUUUAAAGUUUGCAAAUUAAUUUUUGUAUUGCAAACUAUAUUCUUAAUUCUUUGUAAAAUGUACUGAAUCCUUUAUCUAAGAAUUUUGCUAGUCAAGGUAGUGCUUAUUAGUCCCAUUGAUAACUUUUUAAACAAAAUGUAAGUGCAUGCAAGUGUUGCAUUUAUUAAUCACGAGGGAAAUGCUUUGUUGUGCCAAAGACGUUUCAUAAACUGUUUACAUAAGUGGCUGCAAUACUUCUAGGGAUCCUUAAUUACAGCUUACUUUCAGGAUGUUGUUUACAAUAGACACAACUUGCUAUGCUGUCUGCUUCAUUUGACUAGCCAUACAGAGAAAUGUGCCUCUUGUAAUGUUUCCCUUAGCACUACGCUAUAGUUUGGUAGGGUAAAGAAUAGGAAUUUAAUCAAUCAUUCCUGCAAACAGAACAAUGCAAGAUGUAGAUGGUGCAUGUGAUACUAUACAUCUCCAGAAAUAACUAUAAUGAUUUCUGAAAUACAGUUUGAACAGUAGAGCUCUUUUCUUAAGUUCUACCAGAAUGCCUGUUAUCACAUACAGUAAUUGCCUGGUCCUUGCACUAAGCCCCUGCUCUGUCAUGGCAGUCCAGUAGUUUAUUUGAGACAACAUUAAUUAAAUAUUAAUUUGUAAACUAAAGAUGCAUUUUUAAUACAAACAACAAAGGAAUCAGGAUUUCGUGAAGUUAACUUUCCAUGUUUAUGUACGGUAACUUCAGCAGUCUGCGUGCUGUUGUCUAAACAGUUCUCCCUGUUCUUUGGCUAUAAUCAUGAUUUUUAGUCAUGUCAGCUGAUGGCUCUCUUUUUGGAGCGACUAGGGUAAAAUUCAUCCAGUGUCAUGUAAGUAUGUCUUUUCUGUAGUCUGUUUCACACCAGUAGUAGUUAGUAAAUGUCAAUGUUUGUGCAUGGGAAACUGGCUGUAUGUCUCUCUUCUAAAUGCUAUCCAUAUUUCAAAAAUAUCUGAACAAAAAUAAAUGCCUAAAUUUGUAUUUUGUUGUCUUGUGCAUCAUAAAUGUUGCAUGUAAAUUAAACUUUUGUACUAUCAUCA